UUUUGAUUGCUCGAGACGACGCGUAAUCUUUGUUCUUCUUCAUUCCUUCGCUCCCUCUGCUCUGCUCUCGCUCCACUCGUUUUCUGUUUGUUUCUCGAGAAAAUUCUUCCAUCUCUUUUUUUUUCUUUUUCUUUUCUCGAUUUUGUUUGAUUUGAAGUGCGCGGACCACCAGGCUGGUGGAGCCGCACCACCUCUCGAACAGUAAAGAGAAGUUACCGUAAAUGUCUCAUUACGAAUCGAGCGUGCUCAGUACAUGUGAAACUCACUGGAUCUUCUAGCCUCCUGUUUCUCUAGGCUUUUCCGGACCUCCAAAUCGUUGCCUGAAUAGGUUCCGAUCAUGCACGGCCUUAGCCGGCUCGGCAAUGGUCGGUCCCUCAGCGUCGGCGCUGGAUCUCCGCCAUCUGCACCUUCUUCGCCUCGCAUAUGCCAUAGCAGAGGGAGGAGCCUCGGCGGAUGCGGGGCCAGCGUGCACAGGUCCGGAAAGCAGGGGUUGGCAGAGAGGCUGGUGUUCAUGCUGGUUUCCUCGAUUUUCAGACGAAAGGGCGUGCUUCUGUUGGCGCCGCUUCUUUACAUCACGGGGAUGUUGUUGUUCAUGGGCUCGUUUGGAUUCUCUGUUCUCGAUCUAGGGCACGGUGUGGAGAUUGUGUACAAACGAGCUCCGCCGGGAUCGGUGUACCGGAGUCCUAAGGUCUUCAAGCGGUUAUGGCCGUUCAUGGAGGCGGAUACUAAUGCAAGCAGUCACAAUGCGUUGAUGACCGCUUGGUACCCGAGGGCUAAAAAUGUAUGGAAACCGUGCAUCAACACGAAUGUGUCUGCAGCAGGAUCAAAUUCCAAUGGUUUUUUUAUAAUCGAAGCAAAUGGUGGUUUGAAUCAACAACGCUUAUCGAUAUGUGAUGCAGUCGCUGUGGCUGGACUGCUGAAUGCAACUCUUGUCAUUCCGAUUUUUCAUUUAAACAGUGUAUGGCGCGAUUCCAGCAAAUUUGGAGAUAUAUUUGAUGAAGACUUCUUCAUACAUGCUCUUAGAAAUAACGUGAAUGUGGUGAAAGAGCUGCCGAAAAACAUACUUGAGCGCUACAACUACAAUAUAAGCAGCAUCGUGAAUUUGAGAUUGAAGGCUUGGUCAAGCCCAACAUAUUAUCUUCAGAAGGUGCUCCCGCAACUUUUGCGGCUGGGGGCUGUUCGUGUUGCGCCCUUCUCCAACAGGCUAGCCCAUGCAGUUCCUGCUCAUAUUCAAGGUCUCAGAUGCCUAGCAAAUUUCGAGGCACUGAGGUUCUCUGAGCCCAUAAGGAUGCUUGCUGAGAAAUUGGUCGACAGGAUGGUCGAGAAGAGUUUCGGGAGAGGAGGAAAAUAUGUUUCUGUUCAUCUCCGCUUCGAAAUGGAUAUGGUUGCCUUCUCGUGUUGUGAGUAUGACUUUGGGAUGUCUGACAAGCAAGAAAUGGAUAAGGCUCGAGAAAAAGGGUGGAGAGGAAAGUUCAGGAGGAGAGGCAGAGUAAUUAGGCCCGGGCAAAACCGCGUAGACGGAAAAUGCCCUUUAACCCCAUUGGAGGUGGGAAUGAUGCUUAGAGGCAUGGGUUUUGACAAUACCACAUUGGUUUAUGUUGCUGCUGGAAAUAUUUACAAGGCAGAGAAGUAUAUGGCUCCUCUUAAGCAGAUGUUUCCGCUCCUCCAGACAAAGGAUACUCUAGCUACUCCAGAGGAACUUGCUCCAUUUAAGGGCCAUUCGUCGAGAUUGGCGGCUCUUGAUUACACGGUAUGCCUCCACAGUGAAGUGUUUGUUUCCACCCAAGGUGGUAACUUUCCUCACUUCUUGAUGGGUCACCGGCGCUAUCUUUACAAAGGUCACGCCAAGACCAUCAAACCGGACAAGAGAAAAUUAGUCCAGCUCUUUGAUAACCCAAACAUCAGAUGGGACUACUUCAAGAAACAGAUGCAAGAUAUGCUGAGACACAAUGACGCAAAGGGAGUUGAACUGAGGAAACCCGCUUCGUCCCUGUAUACGUUCCCCAUGCCCGACUGCAUGUGCAAAGAACCCGAACCCGAGGCCGAGACCUAAAACCGAGGCCGAGCCGACCACAUAAUAUACACCACAGUAAAACUCACCUGGAAAGUCAUCACCGGCAAUACACAGUGUCAGUAAUCCUUACUCUCCCACUGUAUUGUCUUGUAUUCAUCUUUCAGACAUUCUUUAUAGGGUUUGUUUUUUACCUCUCUGAUUUGGGAAUUUGCUUUGCGUGUACAUAACAUUCUUUUAAACAUUAGACGGUUCGCUCUGUUCUGUAUGCCACGCAUCACACUUGUUGGGUCGAGGUUUAGAUCUAUGUAUUCUCUCUCUCAAAACACUUGCAGUGUCAUGUAGUGGACAUUACGUUGUUUUGUCU